GAGAGGUCUUUUUCUCCCCUUCUAUUGAAUCUCGGAGUUGGCCGUGACGCGCGGCCCAGGGGAAGAAGAGCGCAGAGAUCUCAGCAGAAUGCUGCGACCAUCGAGCUUUCUGAUGCGCGCUUUUUGAGAGUAAAAACUCGCCUCUUUUUCUUUUGGAUGAGCCACGGUGAACCGCAGUUUGAGAGAGCGCUGGAGACCCGCUCCGGAUCACGCAAUGUGGGGAUGGAAGGCGCAGACUUUGACUUGCCGUCUCCGACAGGAGUAUGAAGUCCUACUUCGCGGACCGUGUGAGAUCUCCGAGAGUGAAACUCUGUCGCCUUGGGAUAUCGCCGCACGCUUUCGGGGAAAUAAUACUAUAAAGUGGGAAACGGUCUCCACCUCCUCGCAGUCCCCGCAACAUGGCCUCGGCCGCUAAUGCACCCUCCUCCGAGCAGGAAAACAGAGACCCCGACCGGCCGAGGAUAACGCGGAGGAACAGGGGGGACUAUUCCCGCAACACACCGCUGGAUUUGGAGUAUUUGCAACGGCCGAGCUACUGCGAUGCGGGCUUUGCUCUGGAGCAGAUAUCCCAGGGGAAGGCAACUGGGAGGAAAGCACCUCUGUGGCUGAGAGCGAAGUUCCAGAGACUUUUAUUUAGGCUGGGCUGUUACAUACAAAAGAACUGCGGGAAGUUUUUGGUUUUGGGCCUCAUGAUUUUUGGAGCCUUUGCUGUGGGCUUAAAGGCAGCUAAUUUGGAAACGGAUGUGGAGAAACUCUGGGUUGAAGUUGGUGGGCGUGUAAACCAGGAACUAAAGUACACGCGGCAGAAGAUAGGUGAGGAGUCAAUGUUUAAUCCCCAGCUGAUGAUCCAGACGCCGCGGGAGGAGGGAGCCAACGUUCUGACGGUGGAAGCGCUCCUGCAGCACCUGGAAUCAGCUAUCCGAGCCAGCAGAGUUCAUGUUUACCUUUAUGACAGACAAUGGAAAUUGGAACACUUAUGCUACAAAUCAGGAGAAUUAGUCACAGAAAAUCACUUCAUGGAUCAGAUCAUAGAAAAGCUACAUCCCUGCCUCGUCAUCACACCUUUGGACUGUUUCUGGGAAGGAGCGAAACUCCACUCUGGAAUGGUCUAUCUCCCAGGUAAGGAUCCUUUGCAGUGGACCAACUUUGACCCUAAGGAGUUCCUUGAGGACUUACAAAGGGCGAAUAUCCCUGUGGAAAGCUUUAGGGAAAUGUUGAAAAAGGCAGACGUCGGGCAUGGCUACAUGGAUAGACCCUGUCUGAACCCUGCUGACCCCGACUGCCCCCUCUCUGCACCCAAUAAGAAUUCAACCAAGCGGUUCGAUGUGGCGCGGGCCCUGAGCGGCGGCUGCCACGGCGUGUCCAGGAACUACAUGCACUGGCAGGAGGAACUGAUUGUAGGAGGGACCACCAAGAACGGCAGUGGACCCCUGCUCAGCGCCCAGGCCUUACAGACCAUGUUUCAGCUGAUGACUCCCAAGCAAAUGUUUGAGCACUUUCGGGGGUAUGAAGAGGUUUCCCACAUCAACUGGAACGAAGAAAAGGCUGCUGCUAUCCUGGAAGCCUGGCAGAGGAGAUACUCAGAGGCAGUGCUACAGAGCGUGGCGGCAAAUUCGUCUCAGAAGGUUUUGUCAUUCACCACCACCACUCUGGAAGACAUUCUCAAGUCUUUUUCUGACGUCAGCGUCAUCCGUGUAGCCAGUGGAUAUCUGCUGAUGCUGGCCUACGCGUGUCUGACCAUGCUACGGUGGGACUGUGCCAAGUCCCAGGGUGCUGUGGGGCUGGCAGGUGUCCUGCUGGUGACGCUGUCCGUGGCAGCUGGUCUGGGCCUCUGUUCUCUCCUGGGCAUCUCCUUCAACGCUGCCACCACGCAGGUUCUUCCCUUCUUGGCUCUGGGGGUCGGAGUGGACGACGUCUUUCUCCUCGCUCACGCGUUCAGUGAGACUGGACAGAACAAGAGGAUUCCUUUCGAGGACCGCACGGGGGAGUGUCUGAAGAGAACGGGGGCCAGCGUGGCUCUCACCUCCAUCAGCAAUGUCACAGCCUUCUUCAUGGCCGCCCUCAUCCCCAUCCCAGCGCUCAGGGCCUUUUCUCUACAGGCUGCAGUUGUGGUGGUGUUUAACUUUGCCAUGAUGCUGCUCAUCUUUCCUGCCAUCCUCAGCAUGGAUCUUUAUAGACGAGAAGACAGACGUUUUGACAUUUUCUGCUGCUUCUACAGCCCGUGUGCCAAUCGUGUGAUACAGAUCGAGCCCCAGGCGUACCUGGAUGGAGCGGACCCAAGCCGCUACAGCCCUCCGCCGUCAUACCGCUCCCCUCCUCCUUCAUAUCACACGCCUCCCCCAGGCUACAACAGCCCCCCUCCCUCCUACAGUAGUCACGGCUUUGCCCAGCAGACCCAGAUCACCAUGCAGUCCACCGUGCAGCUCAGGACAGAAUACGAUCCCCGCACUCAGGCCUUCUACACCACCGCCGAGCCCAGGUCCCAGAUCUCCGUGCAGCCUAUGAACCCAGCUCCGACUAGGGGGAACCUAAACAGUGACUAUUACAACAACAACAACAACACGAGCAGCAGCAUGAACAGCAGUCACGGCAAUCCCAGCAACAGCAACAAUAACAGCGGCAGCAGAGGCAACGGGGCAUCUCGCGGCGCUGCCAACUUCUCUCAUCAUUAUCCCGCCCCGUCGGCCGCUGCACCCACAUUGAGCGCCUGCUCAGGUCCUCAGGGUGACGCCUCGUCCACGUGCCAGAGUCCAGAGAACAACAGUUCCACACGGGACCUGCUGUCCCAGAUCGGAGAGGCCUCGCUCGGCCUGCGCUGCCUGGAGUCCCCCUGCUCCCGCUGGACUCUGGCCUCUUUCGCUGAGAAGCACUACGCUCCUUUUCUCCUGCAGCCCACCACCAAGGUGGUUGUGAUUGUGCUGUUCCUCUGCCUGCUGGGAGUCAGUUUAUACGGGACCACCCAGGUGAGGGACGGCCUGGAGCUGACGGACAUCGUACCCAGAGAAACCAGCGAGUACGACUUCAUCGGCACCCAGUUCAAGUUCUUCUCCUUCUACAAUAUAUAUGUGGUGACGCAGCGUGCAGAAUAUGCUCAGAUCCAGCCGCUGCUGUACCAGCUCCACCAGAGGUUUCACACUGUUCGCUAUGUGCUGAAAGAGGACAACGGUCAGCUGCCUCGCAUGUGGCUCCACUACUUCAGGGACUGGCUGCAAGGACUCCAGCAGGCUUUUGACAAGGACUGGGAGGCCGGCCGCAUCACCCUCAGCGGCUACAGGAACGGCUCUGACGAUGGCGUCCUGGCAUACAAACUGUUGGUGCAAACAGGACGCAGGGACAAGCCCAUCAACUUCAACCUGCUUACUCGCCAUAGGCUUGUGGAUGCAGAUGGGAUUAUCAAUCCUGGAGCUUUUUAUAUCUACCUAACCGCCUGGGUCAGUAAUGAUCCUGUAGCAUAUGCUGCCUCCCAGGCCAACAUCCGUCCACACCCUCCCGAGUGGCUCCACGACCGUACUGACUCCAUGCCCGAGACACGUCUCAGCAUUCCCGCUGCUGAGCCCAUCGAAUACGCACAGUUCCCCUUCUACCUCAACGGGCUCCGGGAGACACCACAGUUCGUGGAGGCCAUAGAGAGCGUACGGGCCAUCUGCAGUAACUACAGCCAACAGGGCCUGCCCUCCUACCCCAACGGCUACCCUUUCCUGUUCUGGGAACAGUACGUUAGUCUGCGCCACUGGCUGCUCCUCUCCAUCAGCGUCGUGCUUGCCUGCACCUUUUUAGUGUGUGCCCUUUUUCUGCUCAACCCGUGGACCGCUGGCAUCAUCGUGUUGGUGCUCUCUCUCAUGACUGUAGAGCUGUUUGGCUUCAUGGGGCUGAUGGGAAUCAAGCUGAGCGCCGUCCCCGUCGUCAUUCUUAUCGCCUCUGUGGGCAUCGGAGUGGAGUUCACUGUCCAUGUGGCCCUGGCAUUCCUGACAGCCAUAGGGGAUCGUCACAAGCGGGCAGUGCUGGCCCUGGAGCACAUGUUUGCUCCGGUGCUGGAUGGAGCCUUUUCCACGUUACUAGGUGUCCUAAUGCUCGCAGGCUCUGAGUUCGACUUUAUAGUCAGGUAUUUCUUUGCAGUGUUAGCCAUCCUAACAGUUCUCGGAGUACUGAAUGGAUUGGUACUCCUCCCAGUAUUACUAUCGUACUUUGGGCCAUAUCCAGAGGUAUCACCAGCCGAUGGCCGUAGCCGGUUACCGACCCCGUCUCCGGAGGCGCCUCCUCACGUGGUCCACUUCUCUGUCCAUCCUCGCACAAAUGCAGCCACCACUACCGGUACUUCUGGUGCAGCUUCGGACUCGUCAGACUCGGAGUACAGCUCUAACACCACGGGGUCUGGAGUCAGUCAGGAGGUGCCAAAUAUCAACCUGCACCGACAGAGAGGACAAACUCGAAUGGAGGAGCAGCAGUACCACCUCCAAACCAGCAGAGGCAGAACAGCCAGGACAGAGGAGGAAAGAAGAGCUGGAUCAGGACACAGGCGCUCUGCCAGACAGUCUGACCCACCUGCCCAUACUGUGCCUUCGUCUGUCUCCUCUCAGGGUUGUGAUUCUGGACUCCAGCAUCGGGUUACUCAGCGAAGCAGCAGCAGGGACCUCAGGAGCCAGUCACACCGGCAGGCCCCGCCCCCGACCCGCCCUCGCACAGACGCUUUUGAAACUGCUACUGAGGCCGGGAGCCAUCACGGCUCGCAGGGCCACAGAGAACACUCAGCAGGCCGCAGAGGUCGCUCUACCCAAAACCCACAACCUAACCACCACCUCCCACACCACCACUCCAACCUGACCCCAUUUUGCCAACCCAUUACCACGGUAACGGCGUCGGCCUCAGUCACCGUCGCAGUUCAUCCGGCACCCCUGUCCAGCCAGGGCCCGGGAUACGCUGCGACGGACAGUUACUGCUCACCGGGGCCGCAGGAGCCGCAGGAGCAGGAGGAGCAGGAGCCUACAUUCCAGGACCCACACGUGCCGCUGUACACCCACACGGGGGCCAGAGGAGUCAAGGUGGAGACUGUGGAGCUCCAAGAUCUGGAGUUUGAGGCAGCUGAGAGCGACAGAGGCAGAGGGGCUAGCUGAGUUCUGGAGAACAAAAGCACUCCGGCCAAAGAUGGACUACUCUGUAUUACUAAGCAGCUGACCAAGCUUGGCACCGCCCAGCUCAGCAUCGCCCAACGUUGCUCGCUCCAACCCUAUACUGCGAGAAGCUCGCCAGUGCUGCCAUAAUGGUGCUCAUCGUUACUGUAAACCAGCGGACUAUUGUUUUACAUAUUUUUAUCUGUAUUUAAAAGAUGUAUACAUAUGUAAAUAUGAACAAAAACUAGGUAUAAUUUUAGGAGCUGUAGAACUCCUCCAGUUAACAAACAGAGGCUACUAUUUUCUAUUUGUGUGUGUGUGUGUGUGUGUGUGUGUGUGUGUGUGUGUGUGUGUGUGUGUGUGUGUGUGUGUGUGUGUGUGUGUGUGUGUGUGUGUGUGUGUGUGAAGGUGUUAGAUCUCUGAUUAUUCUUCACUUAACUGUGGAACUGUGUCAUUAGGAAGCUUCAUCAAGACAAAAAUACCUGUCAGCAUUCACUGUUGCUGCUUAAAAUAUUUUGAAAUAAUGUACACUUCUGACUCUAUGCAAAUAUGUCUUUAAACAAAAGGAGAGAUCUGUCUUGGUAUAUGUUUGCGGGUGCGUGAGAGGAGGGCAUGUGUUGGGCUGUAUAAUGUGAAACAGCCUCAGUAUUUUCUGGCUAAUUCAACAGAUAAAUCCUCAGAGUACACUUCCAUUUACACUCAUUUAAAACAUGAGGGAAAUUGUUAAAAUUCUCAAACAAAGCUAUUGUAUAAGUUGUGCUGUGCGUGGGUGUGUUUGUGCGUGUUUUUAUUAUUGUAUAAAAGGUACGCUUGUAAAACUUUUUUUUCUUAUCACAAACCUGUGGUAGUUAUGAAACAAUUACUGUUUUAACUUGACACGCCAUGCGUGCUAUUUAAGAUGAGCUGAUAUGAAGAAAUUUUAAAAAUAUGUUUUAUUUCAUCCUUGUUUUGUUUGUUUGAUUGUCUUUCUUUUUUUUUUUUUUUAGUAAUUGACUUAGAACCUGUUUCUGCACUCAGCUUUGUCUCACUGUCUGUUAGGCUGGUUGUAUUUUACUGUAAGAGGUUUUGUAUUUUAUUUUUUUGUUUUAACCCUGGCAGGCUCUUAACAGGUUCUGUCUUGUAUACUGACAUGCGAGCAGUAAACACACCUCAGAAAUUCACUCUACCUUUAUGGGAACCUUCACAUUACUGGUUCUUGAACAGGGUCAACACAGGGUGCUAUCUCUGCGCCUUAAGUGGCUGUGUCUUGUGGAUAAGCUAAAGCUCAGAUUCUAUACUGUAUGACCCAAUUCAAAAUGGCACUUGACGGCAUCUCACUCACAGGAAUAUCUCACCUGAAGUAGCUCUUUCUGUCCAUUCGAUAAGCUAGACCAUGACGCCUGCUAAGGGCUAAGCCUUGAAUGGCCUAGCAAUACGCUUUGUGUGUGUCACAGUUUGUUUAGUCAUUUACAUGUGCAGGCUCAUCCCCAAACUCUGUCUUUUCCCCCUUUUGUUUUGUGAUAGUAAAGACAACUGGUCCUAGUUGGACCACAGACCCCAGCCCAGAUAAAUCCACAACAUAAUGCCAUGACACUAAUUGGAUGUCUCCCAUUCAGCUGCAAAAUUGUGCAGGCCAGAGUUUUGUGGUGGGGCUGGGGGUGGGAGGCCGGCGGUGUCUCCGACGGCCGCUCUCUCCACCGGCAUUGGCCAGUUUCUAUCUGCAUGUGUCGGUGCCAGAAGGCACACCCGUAACCUCGUCAGCCCCCUUUGGCCUGCCCACACACUCCCUCCACACCUCCAGUUUUUACACUCUCACUUCCUGUUGAACACUCGCAGCUCUUCCCAGAGGUCUUUGCAGUUUACCCCCUUCUGUUCAACAACUUACAUCAGCUGCUUGCAUGAAUUAGGUUGUUCUGUUGGUUUUAAGGUUUCUCCCAUUGUCACAUUGGCAGCAGCGGAGGGACUCAAAGCAGGCAACUAUUUUAUUCAUUUCUACAUGUUUUUUGUUUGUUUGUUUGUUCGUUUGUUCAAUUGUGAUAUUUAUAUUUUUGUAAUAUAAAAUAUGUUGGGUUUUUUUCUUUCAUUAUUGUUGUGAUGCCAGUGGAUAACAAAUGCAGGGAUUUUUAAGUCUAUUGAAAAAAAACACUAUUACAGUUUGAUUUUUUUUUUUUUUUUUUUUUACAUUAAUGGACUCGACUCUGUAUAAAGUGCUUACUAAUGUUAAAUAGGAAAAAAAAAAAAAGAAUGUUUAACAUUUUACACUACAGGUCUCAUCAUAGCUCUUAGAGGAUUUUAAAAGGAAAAAAAAAAUUCAGUGGUUCUUCCAGACUGUCAUUUUGGUCUUGGUCGGCGUGGAUUUAUGCUGUUUUCAGUUACAAAGAUAAAUGUAUGCCAUAUAAUUUAUUUAUAUGAAAAUUUAUUUUUGUAGUGUACAUAGUAGUUGUCAAGGUAUUUGACAGAAGUAUAUUUCUAAAGAGUUUAUAUGUAAUGAUAUACCAUAACAGAAAAAAAAGCCUUAAGGUGCACACUUUUGUUGCUAACUGUCUUGAGAGACAACAUUGACACCUCCCCUUCAGUAUUAUGUUCCAGUCCGAGGAGAGAGACAGCUGUUUCUAUGGGUUCGUCAGAGGCUAGCCAUGAAAAUAGUAAAAGUUGUACUAGCUCUCUAAAAAAAACAAAACAAAACAAAAAAAAAUGUUCAAACACUGAUAGAAUUCUAACAAAUGAAAAUAUAACUUAUUUCCCUCUUUGUUCAUAACUUUAAAUAAAUGAAAACUUAAAAA